AAAAAGCUGUUUUUGUUCUCUUCUCUCUCUCUCUCUCUCUCUUUCGCUGCUCUCACACGCAAAAAUGGCUCACCUCUUCAGAGAGCUGUCUCUGGGUCACUCCAAGAGAGACUCUACGCCGCCGCCGCCGUCACAAUCGGCGACUUCACGCUCUUCUUCAAUGUCUUCCGAUCUACCUCCGUCACCACUCGGACAACUCGCUGUUCAACUUUCCGAUUCCGAUCUCCGUCUCACUGCUUACGAGAUCUUCGUCGCCGCAUGUCGUAGCGCCACCGGAAAACCUCUCUCAUCGGCUGUUUCAGUCGCUGUUUCGAAUCCAGAUUCUCCCAAUGGCUCUCCUGCUUCGCCAGCGAUUCAGCGGUCUCUGACCUCAACCGCCGCUAGUAAGAUGAAGAAAGCUUUGGGGUUAAGGUCUUCUUCUUCGCUUUCACCUGGAUCUAAUAAGAGUCCUGGUUCGGGUUCGGGUUCUGCUACGGGUUCCAAUGGUAAGUCGAAGCGUCCUACUACUGUCGGUGAGCUUAUGCGGAUCCAAAUGCGAGUAUCGGAGGCUGUUGAUUCUCGUGUUCGUAGAGCUUUUCUUAGAAUCGCUGCUAGUCAGGUUGGAAGGAAGAUUGAGUCAGUGGUUCUUCCUUUAGAAUUGUUACAGCAGCUAAAGUCUUCUGAUUUUACGGAUCAGCAAGAAUAUGAUGCUUGGUUGAAGAGAUCAUUGAAGGUUCUUGAGGCUGGUCUGCUGUUGCAUCCUCGUGUACCUCUUGAUAAGACGAAUUCUUCUCAACGGUUGCGACAGAUAAUUCAUGGUGCUUUAGACCGGCCUUUGGAGACUGGAAGGAACAAUGAGCAAAUGCAAAGUCUGCGAUCAGCGGUCAUGUCUCUUGCCACUAGAUCUGAUGGGUCUUUCUCUGAUUCCUGUCAUUGGGCUGAUGGCUCUCCAUUUAAUCUCAGGCUCUAUGAACUGCUUUUAGAAGCGUGUUUUGAUUCUAAUGACGCGACGUCCAUGGUUGAGGAAGUUGAUGACCUUAUGGAACACAUAAAGAAGACGUGGGUAAUUCUUGGCAUCAACCAAAUGCUUCAUAACCUCUGUUUUACGUGGAUUUUGUUUAGUCGCUAUGUUGUUACUGGACAAGUUGAGAUGGACCUGCUUCAUGCUUGUGAUUCUCAACUGGCAGAAGUUGCUAAAGAUGCAAAGACAACAAAGGAUCCUGAAUACUCCCAAGUUUUAAGUUCUACACUGAGCGCUAUAUUAGGUUGGGCAGAGAAAAGGCUCCUUGCAUACCAUGAUACCUUUGACCGAGGGAAUAUUCAUACCAUGGAGGGAAUUGUUUCUUUGGGUGUAUCAGCAGCCAGGAUAUUAGUUGAAGAUAUAUCUAAUGAGUACCGUAGAAGAAGGAAAGGAGAAGUUGAUGUGGCUCGUACCAGGAUUGAGACAUACAUCAGGUCCUCCCUACGAACUUCUUUUGCGCAGAGAAUGGAGAAAGCAGAUUCAAGCCGGAGAGCAUCUAGAAACCAGAAAAAUCCUCUUCCUGUUCUUGCCAUCCUUGCUAAGGACAUUGGUGAGCUAGCUGUUCAGGAAAAGCGGAUGUUCAGUCCAAUAUUGAAGAGAUGGCAUCCAUUUGCUGCAGGGGUUGCUGUGGCUACCCUCCAUGUUUGUUAUGGAAAUGAGAUUAAACAGUUUAUUUCCGGAAUAUCUGAAUUGACACCUGAUGCUGUCCAGAUACUAAGAGCUGCAGAUAAGCUAGAAAAGGAUCUGGUUCAAAUUGCAGUAGAGGAUUCUGUUGACAGUGAUGAUGGUGGUAAAGCAAUUAUCCGUGAAAUGCCUCCCUUCGAAGCUGAGACGGUUAUUGCUAAUUUGGUCAAAGACUGGAUCAAGGCAAGAAUAGACAGGCUUAAGGAAUGGGUUGACAGGAAUUUGCAGCAAGAGGUUUGGAAACCUCUGGAGAACCAAGAAGGAGGAUAUGCACAAUCUGCUGCCGAAGUGUUGCGGAUUACUGAUGAAACUUUGGAAGCGUUUUUUCAGCUUCCCAUACCCAUGCAUCCUGCUGUAUUACCUGAUUUAAUCAUUGGUUUAGACAAAUAUCUUCAGUAUUAUGUCUCAAAGGCAAAAUCUGGGUGCGGCUCUCGGACUACGUACAUGCCCACAAUGCCUGCACUCACCCGAUGUACAACGGAAUCAAAAUUCCAAUGGAAGAAGAAAGAAAAGACACCUAUCUCUCAGAAAAGAGACGCUCAGGUUUCGGUUAUGAACGGUGGUGAGAAUUCCUUUGGGGUCACGCAGAUAUGUGUCAGAAUAAACAGCUUGCACAAAAUCCGCAGUGAGCUCGAUGUUGUGGAGAAAAGAGUGAUCACACAUUUGAGGAACUGUGAGUCAGCUCACACCGAUGACUUUUCGAACGGCUUAGAAAAAAAGUUUGAGCUCACACCAGUGGAUUGCAUCGAAGGUGUUCAACAGCUUUCUGAGUCUCUGGCUUACAAAGUCGUUUUCCAUGACCUAAGCCACACAUUAUGGGAUGGGUUAUACAUCGGCGACCUCUCUUCCUCUAGAAUUGAUCCUUUCCUCAAGGAGCUCGAACAGAAUUUGACAGUCAUAGCAGAGACAGUACAUGAAAGAGUCCGAACACGCAUCAUCACCGAUAUUAUGAGAGCAUCUUUCGAUGGCUUCUUACUUGUCCUGCUCGCUGGAGGACCCUCUAGGGCAUUCACAAGACAAGACUCUCAGAUAAUGGAAGAAGAUUUCAAAUCAAUGAAAGAUAUGUUCUGGGCGAACGGAGAUGGUCUAGCCAUGGACCUGAUCGAUAAAUUCUCGACCACGGUCAGAGGUGUGCUUCCUCUGUUUAGCACAGACACGGACAGUUUAAUAGAGAGGUUCAAGGGAACGACGCUCGAAGCUUACGGGUCUUCAGCUAAGUCAAGGCUUCCGUUGCCUCCAACAUCAGGCCAGUGGAAUGGCAUGGAGCCAAACACACUCUUACGUGUUUUAUGUUACCGUAACGAUGAAUCUGCCACGAGGUUUCUCAAGAAAACAUAUAAUCUGCCAAAGAAGCUCUAGUGGACUUAGGACUACUACUGCAACGUUUAAUAACCUCACAAGAAGAAG